UGUCCCUGCUGGUUAAUGUUUGACUUCACCCUAUCAGGCCAGCACUGGGGCUGUCCUCCCCUACCCUGACAAGGACGUGGGCUUCAUAAUUCUCUCGCCCCCCGGGCCACAUCCAGACCAGGAGAGGCCGGUCCAGGCCUCCCUGGCCCAUCCCUGCCACCCUGACUGCUCUACGCCACCGGGACAGGUCCUGGGACCCAGGACCCAGCCACCGGAAUGCAGGCCAGUCUUUCAGGAAGAGGAGGGAAGGCCUGGGCCCACCCAGCCUCCCCAGAGCUGGAAAUGUGGUGAGCAGAGCACCCCACCCCCGAAGUGGCCCUGGCAUAAUGCCCACGGGAUCGGAUGAGAGCACCCGAGAAAAGAGACGCCCAAUUGUGAGUUCCUCCUGGAACCUCCCUAGUGCCCAGGAGGAGGCAUCCUGCAUGGGGAUGGGGUCAUCGGGGAACCCUCCCUGCUCCUCCCAGCUCAGCCCCCAAGAAUCAGUCCCCACAGCCACACCGAAGCCCAUCCACCGCUUUGUCCCCCGUUCCUGGAAGGACUUUUUCAGCCGAAGCCGGAGAUCGGGGCCAGAGGGCGUCCCCCCCAUCACCUACUUCCCAGCGAACACUCAGAGCUCUCUGCCGAGCCACCCCAUCCUUGCCCGGGCGAGGUCAAAGAAGAUCAUCUUUGAGGAUGAGCUGGCAGCAUACCCACCCAGGGGGCACUCCAGGGGUCCCUCUGGGCUGCGUGGAGGGCACCCCGGGAUGAAGCGGGCUGCAGCCCCAGGACACAACCCUGGGCCACCCCUGGUCCCCGACUAUGUGCUGAAGUACCCAGCAGUGGGGAGCACUAGGGAGCGGGCCCAGUUCAAGGCUGUCUUCAAUGACCAGUAUGCCGAGUAUUGCGAGCUGCACGCGGAGGUGUCUGCCGGGCUGCACAAGUUCCAGGAGCUAGAGUCCAUGAUGGCACAGCUUCCCCACCACUCAGCCUCCAGGAAGGAGGAGGCCCGUCUGGCCCGUGUGCGGAGGGAAUUCGAGAAGAAGAGGAAGGACCCUACCUUCUUGGAGAAGCAGGAGCGCUGUCGCUACCUGCAGAAGAAACUGCAGCACCUCAAGGUGCAGAUCCAGAAGUUCGACGAGGAGAACAGGGACAGUUCUGUAUAUUUCUGAUCCCUGGCCCCACGAUCUCUCUCCAGGGGUCUCAGCCCCAAGAAGCGUUCUGCUCCCAGAUUCUGCCAGAGAAAGGGUUUGGAGAUUAAGGACCAGAGCUGGGGGGCUGAGGCAAGGAGAAGGAGAGUAUGAGGGGAGGGUGGCUGGAGGCUGCCUCCUCCUCCCAUCUCUUGUCCCUUCCCUGCCAUCUCACUCAGAUCCAGAACUAGCAAGGAAGUCCAUGCUAUAUGGAAAAUCCCUCUCGGAAGGGUUUUGGCUGAGACCUUGUGGGGGCCCAGAGCAGCAGAGAGAUGAAUGGUUGAGGGGAAGCCCGAAGCUGAGCGUGUGCCAGAGGCUGUGAGCGUGGGCCAGAUUUCCCCUCCACUCAGGUUUGGUUUCCUGACACCCAAAGGCUGCAGCUUCAAAGCCAAAGGGAUGGUUAGAGGUAAAGUGGAAUAAGAUUUGGAGGUGGAGGCGGGAAAGCAGUUCCAUGAGGACCAAAGGCCACAGAAUCCUGUGGCUUUCAAAGACUGUGGACCCAAAAUUCUAUUGGAGAGUCUUUGGGGAUUAGAUUCGGGCCAAAGCAUUGGGGGUGACUUUGUUCAUAUCCCACCCCAGAGCCAGGACAUCCCCUGGGCAAGAUGAAAGAAGAGGGGAUGUUCCCUCUCAGCCUUCCUCUUCACCUCAGGGGUUGGGGGUCCCUCCAAACUCCAGUCUGGUCUAGAUCCCUUGCAAUAGGGGAAGAGCCCCAGCCUGGGAGUCAGGAGACCCAAUCCUGUUCUCCCUCAGCCAUGCCGUGUGACCUUGGGCAACUUGCUUGACCUCUCUGAUCAAGCAGGAAGCUAGAGCCUUGCCCCUCCUCACCUUUCAGGAAGCUCAGAAAGUUGGAGGAAUGUUGGUGUCUGGGGGGUGGGGGGGAGAGGACAUCGCUGAUCCUGCUUGUGGAAGCCAUAUAAUCUCAAUAGGUCAUUUCAUCCAUCCCUCUGCCUUUGAUGAGAGCAAACAAAUCAUCCUUGGCCAAUGAAACUCUUGCCAGUAUUUAAAGCACCCCCCCCGUGCCCCCCACACCCAAAUCCUCCCUCAGCCUGUCAAAGAAAGCUCACCUCCAUGGUCAGAACAUUCUUUACAUUUUAUUUUUAACCCUUCAUUCUGUCAAGGUCCAUCGCAGUCUCCAGGACCUCAUCUUUGUGCUGGGGAGCUGGAGAGCACAGGGUGAACCAGCCUGGGGGCCAUUACCCCCACCUCAGUGAGGCGAGCUCAAGCCAGCAACUCCUCUCCCAUGGGAAAGAGCCAGGAGUCUUUUUUUUUUUCCUGAAACUCAGCAACCCACAGACCAGCAGCAGUGGUCAGGUUGAAGUUUGAUGUGAAUCCCUGAAGCACAAGAUAGACCACGAAAGGGCAGCUUUUAGAAGAGCCUUCCAGAGCUCUCAGAGCCUAGUACAGUGCUCUGCACACAAUAAAGCACUCAAAAAAUAUGACUCACAUAUUGACUCAUGUGAGCUUCUAGAGGGUCUAGGCCUCUUUACUCCUGUGUGCUCCCAACUGCUGAGUGCAGUGCUCUGCACACAGCAGAGUGGCCUAGUGGACUUUCCACAGUCCUGGGAGUCAGGGGACCUGGGUUCUCAUCCCAG